CCCCGCCCCGGCCCGGCUGUCCGCCCGGCGCUCGGCCUGGCGCUCAGAGCAGAGGACUGACGGCGUGGACGUGGACACGAUGGUGUACGGCAGGAUCUCUCGGCUCGUGGUCCGAGACGUGCGCUUCCCCACGUCGCUCGGGGCCUACGGCUCGGACGCCCUGCACACGGACCCUGACUACUCAGCUGCGUACGUGGUGAUAGAGACGGACGCUGAAGAUGGACUCCGGGGCUGCGGCAUCACCUUCACGCUGGGAAAGGGCACUGAAGUCGUUGUCUGUUGUGUGAAUGCCCUUGCCCAGCAUGUCCUUAACAAGGACUUCAAGGACAUUAUUGGUAACUUCAGAAACUUCUACAGGCAGCUCACCAGUGACGGGCAGCUGAGAUGGAUCGGUCCUGAGAAAGGCGUGGUGCACCUGGCCACAGCAGCCAUCCUCAAUGCCAUAUGGGACCUGUGGGCCAAGCAGGAGGGAAAGCCACUGUGGAAGAUGCUUGUGGACAUGGACCCCAAGAAACUCGUGUCCUGCAUUGACUUCCGCUACAUCACCGAUGUCCUGACCGAAGAGGAAGCCUACAACAUACUGCAGAAAUCUCAAGCUGGUAAAAAAGAAAGAGAAGAGCAGAUGCUGACCCAUGGCUACCCAGCGUACACCACGUCAUGCGCCUGGCUAGGGUACUCGGACGAGAUGCUGAGGCAGCGCUGCGCAGAGGCGCUGAAGGAUGGCUGGACCAGGUUUAAAGUGAAGGUGGGUGCUGAUCUGGAAGAUGAUGUGCGUCGAUGCCGCCUCAUCAGAGAGAUGAUCGGACCGGAGAAGACUUUGAUGAUGGAUGCCAACCAGCGCUGGGAUGUGCCUGAGGCAGUGGAGUGGAUGUUGGCACUGGCUGAGUUCAAGCCAUUGUGGAUUGAGGAGCCAACGUCCCCUGAUGACAUUCUGGGGCAUGCCGCCAUCUCCAAGGCACUGGUCCCGUUAGGAAUUGGCGUUGCCACCGGGGAGCAGUGCCACAAUAGAGUGAUAUUUAAGCAGCUCCUCCAGGCAAACGCCCUGCAGUUUCUCCAGAUUGACAGCUGCAGGCUGGGAAGUGUCAACGAGAACGUGUCCGUGUUACUGAUGGCCAAGAAGUUUGGAAUUCCCGUCUGCCCCCACGCUGGGGGAGUUGGCCUCUGUGAACUGGUUCAGCACUUGAUCAUGUUUGACUACAUAGCAGUCUCCGGGAGCCUUAAAAACAGGAUGUGUGAGUAUGUGGAUGAAUUGCAUGAACACUUCAAGUAUCCUGUGACAAUCAAGGAUGCUUCCUACAUGCCUCCUAAGGCUCCUGGCUACUCCACGGAGAUGAAAGAGGACUCUGUGGAGAAGCACCGCUUUCCGAUUGGUGAAGUCUGGCAGAGACUCCUGGCUGCUCAUGAGAAUUAGUACCUUUGUUCUGUAGGUAAAAAAGCUCAACAUGUCUGGGGAUAGCUGUAAAAAUAGCAGGGGUGGGAGAGGGCUA